AAAAGAGAGAGAAAUGAAAAGAUAGUGAGCUCGAGCUAUGGGCGCCCUCCUCCUCGUCCACCUCCCCAGCCUCGCCGUCGCCGGCGCCGGCGCCCGCCGCUGCGCGGCUGCCGGCGGGCCCCGGCGUGACCGCGGCGCUGGGCGGUUCUCGGUGUCCGCCGCGGCGCCCGGUGGCCCCGUCAAGGAGGAGGAGGAGGAAGAGGAGGAGAAGGGGGCGAGGAGGAGGAGGAGGAAGGAGGGGAUAGUGAUAAGGGUGUCGGACCCGGUUCGGGAGAGGAGGCUCCCGCCGCCGCUGUUCUCGUCGCCGGACGCGCCGUCGGAGCCUCCGGCGGCGAGGCGGCGUGGGGGAGACGACGGGGGGGAGGAGCAGCGGCGGUACUACGUCAACCUUGGGGACGCCAUCCGGACGCUGCGGGAGGAGCUCCCCACCGCCUUCUACCGGGAGCCCAGCUUCCAUAUCUACAGAGAUGAUAUUGCCUUCAAAGAUCCUAUCAAUAAUUUCACUGGUAUUGAUAACUAUAAAAGGAUAUUCUGGGCUCUACGGUUUACUGGGCAAAUUUUCUUCAAAGCGUUAUGGAUUGACAUUGUCAGUAUAUGGCAGCCUGUAGAGGAUGUAAUCAUGAUCCGGUGGAUUCUCCAUGGCAUUCCUAGAGUUCUCUCGGAUGGUCCUGGCCGAUUUGAAGGUACCUCAGAAUAUAAAUUCGAUAAGAAUGGGAAGAUCUAUGAACAUAAAGUAGACAAUGUUGCCAGGAAUUCACCCACGAAGUUUAAGGUCUUGCCAAUCGCAGAGCUCAUCAGAUCACUUGGAUCCCCAUCUACUCCGAAACCAACAUAUUUUGAGACUUCAUCUCUACAGCUAAUCUUGCUCGUGCCUUUCUGGUUGAGAUUGACUUGGAUGAGAUGUUACUUGUCGUUGUACCUUGCCCUAGCAAAUUUAUCGAAAGAAUGAGGAUCGAUGGUUCAGGUCCAAGCCAACGCCUCUAAAUUUUGCCCUUCCAUUGUAUGGUAGUGUAUACUUGUGAGCAGCUCGCCAGUACCUAAAUGUAAACAAUUUUGGUUGUGUACAGCAAAGUUUUUCAUCUAGGGAUUAUAGGCUUAGCUAAAGCUAUUCCAAUAUAUUGGCCGAGUUUUGUAAGCUGUAUAUUACCCUGCCUGGGUGUUCAAUCAGCAGAUCAGUAAGGACAUCAUACAUGCUUGCACGAUGCCUGAUACACUGCUGUUGCUGCAAAGGUUUUGCCAAGUAAUUGCAAAUACUGGUACACCGUUUAGCUGUAUGAACUGAAGAUAUAUUCGUGUAUCAUUGAUUCAUUACAAGUAAUGAGCCCAGCU